AUGGAUGCAGUAACGAGAUUGACAACAGACAAGCCAGUGGUGAUAUUCAGCAAAAGCUCUUGUUGUAUGUGCCACUCCAUUAGAACACUUAUAAGCAGUUUCGGUGCAAACCCUAUGGUUUAUGAACUGGAUGAACUUCCCAAUGGAGAGCAUCUAGAAAGGGCACUGCAGGCUUCCGGACGAAGGCAAACUGUACCAACUGUGUUCAUUGGACAGGAAUUUAUUGGAGGAGCCAAUGAGAUUAUGAGUCUUCAUGUUCAGGGCAAACUAGUCCCCUUGCUCAAGAAGGCUAAAGCCAUAUGGAUUUAG